AUGAGUGCCACUACAGAGCUCUUUAUGCGGACCAGCAAUCUUCUCACUGUCCAGACCAUAAUCGGUCUAGCCUUAUUCUUUCAGGACCCACCAGAUUCUCAGCCCUUAUUCAUCUUUACCGCAGCGGCGAUACGGUUCGCUCAAUCCAUCGGUCUGCACAUGUCAAACUCCUUCGGUCUUUCUGAUCUUCAAGUCGAGGAGCAACAAAGAGUCAUCUGGCUUGCUUUCCUUAUGGACGCCAACGUCCGCACACGUAUGGGCCAUCCUGCGGCACAAAUUAUUCACAAUUUCGAUACCCCGUUGUCCGCAUCCCGUCCCCUGGGCAUCAUUGAAUAUCAGGGAGAGAGAGUGCCGUUGUUCUCCAUCCUGGCUCAAUGUCCACUGAUUCAGAGGAGGGCCUAUGAUCUGCUGUUCACAAAGGAAGCGCUGGAAAAGCCCGUAUCAGAGAGAGCACAUGCUGCACGGGCAUAUUUGGAGGAAAUCAACUGCUUGAAGGAUAGCAUUGACCACAGUCUACGACCGCAACGCAGGUUCUCUCCCGAGCAGCAUCACCCGUUCCUUCCGCAAAUCAUGAGACUGCACUUUGCAUGCCUACCAUACCUGAGAUGGGCGGAUUGUGCGGGUCUAUCUCAGCUAGUGUCUCACUUGAUGGAAUAUCUAAUGCGUUUAAGCCAAUCUACCAAUCCUCGUGGAGAGAUAUUUAGACAACGGACAUCCUCGCCUAGGGGGACAUUGCUGGUAACCCCUAGGACAGGCAAAAGGUAUCUCAAUGAGAUCCUUCAAGUGAGAAUGCCAGCGAGUCUGCUGUACAGCCCAAUCUGCCCUACCGUCAACUCAAAGUUAUGGUAGCGCAGUAUUAAAGAACAACGGUAUAAAAUCUCUUGGUUUGGCGUUUUUAGGGUUCUUGGGGGCUGGAGAUAUCAUUGUUAGCGUCAACUCAAAGGAAGUACCAAUCAUUGUUCCGAUAGGAGAUUUCCUUGCAUUGUUGAUUGACUAAAGCAUUGGGGUGUUAGUUUUACUUGACUAUCAUGGCGUAUACUACCCCUAAUUACGUGUGUAGUAUCAAGCAUACAGUGAGUGUCGAUAACAACUGCUAGAGACCUAUUGACAGCAGAUAAAGC